CAAACAAGAAAGCGUCGCAUUUAUAAAUGUAUUGCCGUUAACAAAAAAUAUUAAACAGUUUACACAAAGUGUUCAAAAUAUGUCUUUUGGUUCGAAUUAUGACGAUAUGGAAGCUGGGCUGGAUGCCCUAAUGCAAGUCAUGACUUGUGAGAAAGAAAUAGGGUGGAGGCCUGGCUCAAGGCGUAUAAUUGUUCUGUGCACCGAUUCCCCAUAUCACAGCGCUGGUGACGGCAAAAUGAUAGGCAUUAUCAAACCCAACGACAUGUUAUGCCACUUAAAGGAACAAAAAUAUGAAGCAGAAAUGGCCCAAGAUUAUCCAUCUGUGAGUAAAAUAAAUAAAGUAGCAAAGCAAGGAAAAUUCGGUAUCAUAUUCGCUGCUUUGGCUGAGGUCCGUGAUGUUUAUACAUUGUUAGCGGAACAAAUAGUCGGAGCUGAGUACGCCGAACUGAAGAAACAGAAGUCAAAUAUUGUAGAGAUCAUUAUAAAAGCGUACCAACGCAGCGUUCGAAGUAUCAAAUUGGAUUAUGACAUACCAUCAUUCGUCAGACUGAAACUUAAUCAAAGUUGUGACGGGACACCAAUUAAUUGUGCCAGCACCUAUGAAAAUCCAGUGGUUACAAUUCCGGCCAUUCUAGAGGUUAAAGAAUGUCCUAAAGAAAAUAAAACACACGAGCUUGUUAUUAACCCUGUGUCUUUAAAUGACAAAUUAAUAAUUAAAUUGGAAGUCAUCUGUAAAUGUGAAUGUGAAGUCAAAAGUGAUAUAAGUUCAAGAUGUAAUAAUGCAGGAUAUAUACAGUGUGGUAUCUGCAAGUGUCUCGAUUCAAGUUAUGGCGACGAAUGUCAGUGCAGCGUUACAUCUUCGGGGGUGGCUAAUAAGGAGAAAGAUGACGCCAAAUGCCGUAAGGAUCUAAAUGACAUAGUACUGUGUAGUGGGAAAGGCGUAUGUAUGUGCGGUAAAUGUACCUGUAACCCUGAUCGUUCAGGAAAAUAUUGCGAAUUUGACGAUAAGGCAUGCGAUAAUCUUUGCUCAAACCAUGGGAUUUGUACCUUAGGCUCAUGCCAGUGCGAUAGCGGUUGGUCAGGAAAUGAUUGCGGUUGUCCAACUAGUAACACAGACUGCUACGCUCAAUACUCUGAGGAGGUUUGUUCUGGUAAUGGUGAAUGUGUAUGCGGAAAAUGCCAAUGUGCGAAGGUUAAAGGAAAAAACGAAACGUACACAGGAGUAUUUUGUGACACAUGCAAUGACUGCCAAUCAAAAUAUUGUAAAGCCCUCGAACCCAAUGUAGAAUGUAACUACAAACAAGGUCUAGAAGCUUGUGAUAAGAUUUACAACAACACAGAAAACAAUGUUGUUAUAAAAAUGGUCAACAAAACAGAAAUUAAUUCGCCUAAAUGGAGUGGCGCUACUUGGUGCAAAAAAGUAAUAGAGGACGGCAGUUUUAUAAUAUUCAGAUAUUAUCAUAACGCAACGACACACGGGUUACAUAUAAUCAUUCAAACGGAACCAGAGGCACCCCCAAGAGGAAAUAAGUGGAUUGCCCUCAUCAGUUGCAUAGUGGCUGUAGUACUCAUUGGCUUGUUGACGUUGAUUGCGUGGAAGAUCCUCGUGGACUUGCACGAUAAAAGAGAGUAUGCCAAGUUUGAAGAAGAAUCACGUUCUCGAGGAUUUGAUGUGUCGUUAAAUCCCUUAUAUCAAGAGCCGGAGAUCAACUUCUCCAAUCCCGUAUACAAUGCAAAUGCUUCACACUAGUAUUUAUAUAACAAAAUCCGAGGAAGAGAGGCGACGUGUUUCCGUGAUCAUAAGGAAAAUACAAUAAAUAAUUAUUUGUGUUACAUAAAA